UAUUUCCAAAUACUUUAUGCCAAUUUUAAUGUUUGCUCAGAAGGAAACAAUGGAUGCAUUACCUUCAGAGAUUACAUCAGGUGAACAAGGGAAGACUAUGGAUAAAGAUACUGUAAUUAAGGAUUUCUGCCAUCAAGUUGAAGAAGUAACCACAAAGGUUGAAAUGCUUAAGCAAAGAUUGAAGGAGGUAGAACAGUACUACUUGACUGCAACUAAGAAACAAUUGAAUGCUCCUGAAGGUAGCUCAAUUCAGAAGGAGAAAGAUAAUGAGAAACAAAUUGCUAAUUUUAUUAAGAGGCAGCAAGAUGCACCACACAGAGAAGCAGCUGCAGUGAAGAGAAAGCAAAAGCUCAUGAGCCAAAUUGGCACAAUAUUACAGCAGAUCACCCAGCACAAGUGGGCUGGACCAUUUAUGCAGCCUGUAGAUGUUGUUGGCCUUGGUCUGCAUGACUACUUUGAGGUCAUUGAAAAACCAAUGGAUUUUAGUACCAUAAAGGCAAAAAUGGAGGCCAAAGAUGGAACUGGCUACAAAAAUGUCCAGGAGAUAUAUGCAGACGUGACGUUGAUAUUUAAAAACGCAAUGAAAUACAACAAUGAGCAUCAUGAUGAUCAUGUAAUGGCAAAAACCUUACUAUCAGAGUUUGAGGAGAAAUGGCAGCAACUCCUGCCAAAAGUUGAUCAAGAGGAAAAAAUGCAGAUGGAGGAGGAAGCAACAGCACUGUUGGAUAAGCAGCUCGCUGAGGCAGCUUUUUAUGCCAAAAGGGCUAGGGAUUUAAGCAUUGAGCUUGAUGAAUUUGAUCUGCAUCUGGGCAAACUCAGAGAAACCAUACUUAGAAAGUGCAGAAAGAUAUCUGUUAAAGAAAAAAAAUGGCUCGCGGGGUCUCUCUCCCGUUUGUCUCCUGAGGAUCUCAACGAGGCAAUGCGACUUGUUGCUCGAUGUGACCCAACUUUCCAAGCAGAUGAAGAAGAGGUGGACCUUAACCUUGAUGCAAUGAGUGAAUCCACAUUAUGGAAGUUGAAGUUCUUUGUCAAGGAGAAGCAGCAGGCUAGGGGCAAUAGUGCAGGAAAUGUGGCUGUUGUCGAGAAGCAGAAGAAAGUGAUUCAGAAUGUGCCUGGUAAGUCUUCGCAGAAUUAA